AUGGCAGCCACAACCACCAAGCUAGGGAGAUGUCUACAACAAAGACGAACCUUCAUCAACGCCAGAGUCAAAUGGGUCGGCGACCCAUACCUCGACGAAGCAGUCCAACGAGAGAAAAACCUCAAACAACUUCUCUCCUUAAAAGACCGAAUCAUCUCAUCUCCCUCCAAAUCACUCCCUCUCUCUUCCCUCUCCCUCCUCAAACCUCUCCUCAACCUCCACGUAACCGCCGCGUCGUUUCUCCAGAAAUACCCUUCCGUCUUCACAACUUACCAGCCUUCACGCUCUCUCCCUCUCCACGUCCGCCUCACUCCUCAAGCUCUGGACCUCCACAAGGAAGAAGAGACUAUCCACCUCUCUCCGCUUCACCGUAACGCCGCCGUUCAACGUCUGGCUAAGUUCUUGAUGCUAACCGGAGCUGAAAGUCUCCCUCUUUACGUCGUUGAUCGUUUCGGGUUUGAUUUAGGUCUUCCUCACGAUUACGUUACUUCGUUGUUAUGUGAUUACCCUGAUUACUUUGAAGUAACGGAGGUUAACGGUUCCGGAGGAAAGACUCUCGCUUUGUCGCUUACUUCGCCGCGGAAGAGCCUCGCCGUAUCGGAAAUGGAGAGAAGAGAAGGUUUCAUCAAUGGGUCUAACGUGAAAAAGGGGUUGCGCAUAAGGUAUUCGAUGAAUUUCCCCAAAGGGUACGAGUUGGAGAAAAGAGUUAAAAACUGGGUGGAGCAGUGGCAGAGCCUUCCGUACAUCUCUCCUUACGAAAACGCGUUUCAUUUAGGGUCGAGGAGCGAUCAGGCUGAGAAGUGGGAUGUUGCGGUGCUUCAUGAGCUUCUGUACCUUUUGGUGUCGAAGAAGACUGAGACGGAGAAUGUGGUUUGUUUAGGGGAGUAUUUAGGGUUUGGGACGAGGUUUAAGAAGGCUUUGGUGCAUCAUCCGGGUAUUUUUUAUAUGUCGCAUAAGAUUAGGACGCAGACUGUUGUGUUGAGGGAAGGUUAUCAUAAAGAGUUUUUGAUUGAGAAGCAUCCGUUGAUGGGGAUGAGACAUAGGUAUCUUUAUCUUAUGAGCAGAUCAGGGAGAGCAAAGAAACAGGACUAUGCUAAGAGAAGCAGUCAAAGUUUUGAUUUACAAAACAGCUAA